CUGCAUUUGACAUCAGUCACUGAUCCGACUCUCGCUGAGGCCUGCCAUGCGGCAAGAGCCCGAAACCGAGCAAUGGACGUCCGUGCAGGAGCGAUUUGGCGCAGAACUUGGUUCAGGACGAACAAACUUCAUCUCCCAGCUCUCAUACAAGUGUCGGGUGGCCGAAACUGCAUUCUUUGUCAAGAUAUUACGCUGGCAAAGGAACGCAUCUACUUAGCAAACGCUGCUAACGACACCAGAUCUACCCAACAGUCGAUUAAGCAUGCCGGAGAUAUCGGAUGACUCUGGAAGCGAACCUGAUCAAAGUAUCGUGGACAUGAGGCGCGCCAACACGACUCAGCGACAGGAGGCCCCUGCACCGGCACCUACCGGCACGAUGGUGGGUGACGACGCACAUACCCAGGUCGAAGCAGAGGAUACGAGCGUUGAGGACGAGUACGAGGAGGAGGAGGAGGAUGAAGACGACGAGGACGAGGACAUCCCAGGAGACGACGAGGAAGGGGACGCGAAGGGCGAAGAUGACGCCGGCGGGCCAGAGCUGCAUGCCGAGCCGCCAACUCUAGGUCUCAAGGAGAUCUCCAACCUGGGUAGACUCACCGUUAGCAGUCACAAACAAGGAAACGGGGUCGAGUCCCUGCGAAACGACGAUCUCAACAUGUACUGGCAGUCGGAUGGCCCUCAGCCGCACCGGCUGACGAUCUACUUUGUCAAACGGGUCGACAUUCGAGAAAUCCGGUUCUACGUCAACUACAACGAGGAUGAGUCGUACACGCCGACCAAUAUUGUCUUCAAGUCCGGCACAAGCGAGAACAACCUCAUCGAAUUCGCCCACCUCAAUCUGGAAAGCCCCGUGGGCUGGCAACAGGUCCCUCUCGCUGGUGCAGGCGGCGGUGCUGAUGGGAACACUCUCGUCUCGUAUGUUCUACAGAUGCAGAUUUUGGAGAAUCACCAGAACGGCAAGGACACGCACCUGCGGGCUCUCAAGAUCUACGCCUUCGAUCCCGAGUCGGCGCAGGUGCCGAGCAGAGAGCACAAUCCGGUUGACGAGAUGGUGGAAAUGAUGGUGGCCAACCCACGCCAGCCGGCCGCCGUGCAGCCCGCGGAGGAAAACGUGAGGCUAAGUCUUUUGGCGCAACAGCUGGCCGAAGCAAACACGGAGACGGGCGAUGGGGGCUUUGAAGUACCUGAUUACAUGCGUAUACCUGAGUUGCGAUGAGAGUGAACGGCGUCGGGGAACUGCAACGGGGCCUCUGGAAGCAAGGGUUUGGCGUUUGGGAGGCAACCUUGCAAUGUAUGGCAUCUAUCAACAAUG